CUUGAGAAUGAUGUGAUCAUGGAUUGUCAGAAGAGAAUUUUCUUCAUUUAUUUCUUCAGGUAUUAUCAAUAUACUUUCUUGUUUCAGUCUAAAAGAUCUACGUAUUUUUUUUUAAAUUUAAGCAUGAAGCAAUAGUGUGUAAUAUUAUUUUUCUCUUUUUUCCCUUUCUCCGAUGCAUUGCUUGAGUGUAGUAACAAAUUGUAUGAAUACAAGUGAUUUUAAUAUCAUUUUCAUGCAUUAAUAUUACAUAGAAUUUAAUAUGAAAAAAAACACGGAGGUAUGGUGAAUAUAUUGAAGCUAGUUACCUAUGCGAGUAGACUGUGAUUUUACCUGACCAUAGGUACGAUGAGACAUACACAGAAACAAUCAUGAAGAAGUGUUGUGAGAAAUCAACAGUGGUUACAGGGGGAUCCCCUCUCUUUUUCUCAGCAAAUACAUCAAUUCCUUUGUGUGGUAGUUACCACGGAGGUGAACGAGACUCCAAGUUGUAGUUCCAUAGAGUGAAAUUUUUUAUAACGCUUUUAGUUUCAAUCGCGACUCAAUCGUAAUGUGGUGAUCUCUGUGUCAUGGUGGAAGAUUUUGUUCAAUUUUCAAUUAGAAAAUUUCAUCUAUUUCCUUUUCUCGUUACCGUGCUAUAAACCAGAGAAAUUUCUUGUGUCUGUUUUUCCUGCUGUGUAAAAUAAUCCUAUAUUUGCAUAACUCUACAAAUCAAACAUAUCUGGAAUAUUUGUGAAUUUCUCUAAAGCUCAACUUUGCAAUUGCAUUAGUUCACAUGAGCUACGAAAUUUCAUCACUCAAGUGAUCUCUUCCUGAAGAAUCUUAUGGAUUUGUGGACGCGGAAUAGGUGAAGUGUUAGAGACAAUACACAUCCUCAUACUACUUUUCACACUUUUUGGAUAUAAAAGAGAACCUAUUAGUUGGCUGUACAGAAAGUGUUGAGUAAUCAACAUCGAAAAAAAAAAUGAUGGAAAGUGUACCACCACCAUCGGACAAGAGGAGACUCAAGAAAAUGUUUAGUUGGACCGACGAUGGUACAGGAGGCAGUGAUACAAACGUAACAACUAUCGAGGAUGGGGGAACCAUGUGGAACAGACAGCAACAGGCUGUCUCAGUGCGGCAUGCCUUUAAACAGUAUGGAUCUAAGUCAAAACCAAAUCAAGUACUCAGUAACCUCAAUAUGACAGUUGCCAAAGGGACAAUAUAUGGCCUCUUGGGUGCCUCUGGAUGUGGCAAAACAACACUCCUCUCCUGUAUCGUUGGCCGUAGACGUCUCAACUCAGGAGAAAUAUGGGUCCUUGGUGGGAAACCAGGCACUAAGGGAUCAGGUGUUCCGGGAGCUCGGGUUGGAUAUAUGCCACAGGAAAUUGCCCUUUAUGGAGAAUUCACAAUCAAAGAAACUAUGAUGUACUUUGGCUGGAUCUUCGGCAUGCACACAUCAGAGAUUAUGGAGAGACUUCAAUUUUUGCUCAAUUUCCUCGAUUUGCCAUCGCAGAAUCGUCUAGUAAAAAAUCUAAGUGGUGGUCAACAAAGGAGAGUAUCAUUCGCUGUGGCUCUUAUGCACGAUCCAGAACUGCUUAUUCUGGAUGAGCCAACUGUUGGUGUGGAUCCACUUCUACGACAGAGCAUAUGGAAUCAUCUUGUACAUAUAACCAAAGCUGGUCAAAAGACAGUUAUUAUAACGACACACUAUAUCGAGGAAGCUCGACAGGCGCAUACUAUUGGCCUUAUGCGCUCUGGUCGUCUUCUAGCUGAGGAGUCCCCACAGGUCCUUCUUUCCAUGUAUCGGUGCCAGAGUCUAGAGGAUGUAUUUCUUAAAUUGUCACGAAAACAGGGUGCUAAUGGGGCUGUCGCCACCACAGAACCAAUGAACAUAAGUAACAAUAUCUCCCUAUCAGCCUUAGCAUUCGGAAAUAAGAAAGACAACCCCGUCUAUGUUAGUCAAGAGAGUGGCGUUGUGGGUCUGAAUUUUCAUCAGAGUAAAGAGAUCCUUAUUAGUGAUGCCAAUGGAUCCACUCUAGGAAUUAAUGAUUCUCCACCACAUCCUCCUAAUGCUGCAAUUGAUUGCGACGAUUGUGGAAGAUGCUCGAACUGUUUUAAUAUUACCUCCCGAGGAAAAAUACGUGCUCUUCUUCAGAAGAAUUUUCUUCGAAUGUGGCGAAAUGUUGGCGUUAUGCUUUUCAUUUUCGCUCUCCCUGUUAUGCAGGUGAUACUCUUCUGUUUGGCAAUCGGAAGAGACCCUACUGGACUCAAGUUGGCCAUAGUUAAUCAAGAAAUAACUGGAGAUAAUUGCACAUUUAAUGAAGGAUGCAAGUUUGGUAAUCUAUCUUGUCGCUAUUUAAGCCAUCUUAGCCCCAACAUCGAUCAAAAUUAUUAUCCUGACCCAGACGCAGCGAUAAAUGCUGUAAAAGAAGGCAAUGCUUGGGGAGUUCUCUAUUUCACAGAUAACUUUACGGAUGCUUUGGUUGCAAGAAUAUCACUAGGACGUGAUUCCGAUGAUGAAACACUGGAUCAGUCGGAAAUCCGUGUGUGGCUAGACAUGUCAAAUCAACAGAUUGGAAUUAUGCUAAAUAGGGAUUUGCAACUGGCUUACAGGGACUUUGCACAGAGUUUAUUGAAAACAUGUGGAAAUAAUCCGAAACUUGGCGAUGUUCCCAUUCAAUUUGAAGAACCCAUCUAUGGAACAAAUGACCCAUCGUUCACGGAUUUUGUGGCGCCAGGAGUAAUUUUAACAAUCGUCUUCUUUUUGGCCGUGGCUCUUACGUCGUCCGCACUCAUCAUCGAACGUACUGAGGGUCUUCUGGAUCGUUCAUGGGUAGCAGGUGUAACACCUACAGAAAUCUUAUUCUCACACGUGAUCACGCAGUUUGUGGUAAUGUGUGGCCAAACUGCCCUUGUGCUCAUCUUCAUGAUUCUUGUCUUCGGUGUAACAUGCAAUGGUGACAUUUUCUGGGUCAUUGUGCUUACACUGCUCCAGGGUUUGUGCGGAAUGUGCUUUGGCUUUGUAAUUUCUGCCAUUUGUGAACUAGAGCGCAAUGCUAUUCAACUGGCCCUUGGAUCUUUCUACCCAACACUUCUCCUUUCCGGUGUCAUCUGGCCCAUCGAGGGCAUGCCCGAAUUUCUAAGAUACAUUUCACUGGGUCUUCCAUUAACGAUGGCCACUACAUCAUUGCGAUCAAUGCUAAGUCGAGGAUGGGAAAUAACCGAACCCGAUGUCUAUUUUGGAUUCAUAUCAACCAUCCUCUGGAUUGUGGGAUUCCUUAUCAUAACAUUAACCGUACUUAAAUUUAAGCGUGGUUAAUCUUAGUACCUAUUUAUUUGAGCUAAAAAAUUAAUUAUUGUUAAUUUUGUAAUGAGUAACGGAAUAAUUGCUUUGUGGUGUACAAUAAUUUAUCAAAAUAUUUCACAAUUAAGGUAUUGUAUAUUUUCAGUUUUGCAUAUGAGUGCAAAAAAACAACAAUGACAAGGAAAAUUCCAAUUAUAAUCACAACGUGGAGAAUCUCUGCAUUGCUUUUUGGCCUGAUUUUGAAAUUCGGCAUUAUUAUAUGUUUUAAUACGGAAGUUUGAGAAAAUAUGGGAAUCUUUGCUUCAAAUUCUACUUGAAUUUUCUUACUGUAGAUCUUCUGUUAGGUGAUAAACUUGUUUUCAUUCAUCCUUACUUUAAAAAUUUACAAUACAAGUCAUCAUUUCCUUCUUUAGAUUACUUAAUAUUUGCGGAGAAAGUGAAAAAUGGUUUAAAAGAAUGUCUGUGAUUUUUUACACACAAAAAAUCAUUCUGUAUAUGUUAGUAUGAAAUAGCUUGAAGUCCAUACAUGUAAUUUCAAGGAUCUAUUUGUAAUAUAAUAGGGGAAAGUGUAGAUAUGAUAAAAUAAAAAUUGAUUUUUAAUAAAAUGAUUGAGAGGA